AAACAAAGCAUGCUAUAAAGCUCUCUCAAAGGUGAUGUGGUGGCAGAAGAGCAGCGAUUUUCAUCCAUACCUAUCUGAAGAAAAGAAGCAGUUUUUCUAUUCUUUCGUCUUUGCCGUCCUCUUCACAUGAAGAAAUCCAAUUCCUCUGUUAUCAUGUUCCUGCUCUGGGCUGCAAUGAAAGGAACAUCUCUGCAACUUGAGGCACCUCUUUGUCAAAUUGUCCGUCCCCUUUGUUACUUUGUAUCGUCCACGUCUUUGCCGCUGCAUUUACCUUGAAAACUUUUCUCUGCUUUCGUUUUUUUUUUUUUUUUUUGUUCCUGCCUGUAAUAGCUGUUACUCAGACACACUUGCUCCUCCACCGAUUAUCCUUGUUGAGCUGUUCCUCCCCUGCACCUCUGUACACUUGUUACUACACUCUCCUAAACUUUUUCUCUCAUAAUUUAGUUUUUUUUUUUAAAUUUCUCUCCCCCCCCACUCUCUCCUCAAUUUCAGCUAUCUGCAUUUGGGUCCUUUCUCAACCUGAGGGCACCGGACCACCGACCAUUUUCUUUAAAUUCCUUGUACUUACUUGAUAAAAUUGACCUCCAAAAAUCUCCUUCAGUACCUUUUCCCCUUUUUCGCCCUCAAAAUUAACCGUCCCGCACAUUCACCAUGCACACCUCUGAGGAGCUCUGGAACUCCACCGAUCAAGUUUGGAUAAACGGCUCGGAAGGAAACUUCUCUCUGGUAAGACGUGGGGAUGAUGAGGAAGAGGAAGGAGACCAACAUCCCUUCCUCACGGACGCCUGGCUGGUCCCUCUUUUCUUCGCCCUCAUCAUGCUGGUCGGUCUGGUUGGAAACUCUCUGGUUAUUUAUGUCAUCACUAAACACAGGCAAAUGAGGACAGCAACCAACUUUUACAUCGCAAACCUUGCUGCCACUGACAUCAUCUUCUUGGUGUGCUGUGUGCCCUUCACCGCCACCCUCUAUCCUCUCCCUGGAUGGAUCUUUGGCAACUUCAUGUGCAAAUUUGUCGCCUUUCUUCAGCAGGUGACAGUCCAAGCCACCUGUAUCACCCUGACAGCUAUGAGCGGAGAUCGCUGUUACGUCACAGUCUACCCUCUGAAAUCUCUCCGACACCGAACGCCAAGAGUAGCCAUGAUCGUCAGUGUCUGCAUUUGGAUUGGGUCCUUCAUCCUGUCCACACCUAUUCUAAUGUACCAGCGUAUAGAGGAGGGUUACUGGUAUGGCCCCAGGCAGUACUGCAUGGAGAGAUUUCCUUCUAAAACACAUGAGAGGGCUUUCAUCCUCUACCAGUUUAUUGCUGCCUACCUGCUUCCUGUCCUCACAAUCUCCUUCUGUUACACCCUGAUGGUGAAGCGGGUUGGCCAGCCGACAGUUGAACCUGUAGACAACAACUAUCAGGUCAACCUCUUGUCUGAGAGAACCAUCAGUAUCAGGAGCAAAGUGUCCAAAAUGGUGGUUGUAAUUGUCCUCCUCUUCACCAUCUGCUGGGGUCCAAUACAGAUCUUUGUCCUCUUCCAGUCGUUUUAUCCAAACUACCGGCCAAACUACGCCACAUACAAGAUCAAGACGUGGGCCAAUUGCAUGUCCUACGCCAACUCUUCAGUCAACCCCAUAGUGUACGGUUUCAUGGGGGCCACCUUCCAAAAGUCCUUCAGGAAAACGUUUCCUUUUCUGUUCAAGCACAAAGUGAGAGACAGCAGCAUGGCUUCAAGGACUGCCAACGCUGAGAUCAAGUUUGUUGCUGCAGAGGAAGGCAACAACAAUGCACUGAACUGAAUCUGACAAUUCAAAAUUAGAAGAAUGAGAUUCUUGUUCGUACCGACGGAAAUCACUCCAAGAAGAAAUAUAAAUACUGAAGGUUUUUUUUUUUUAACCAAUGAGCUUACUUUGUGGAAGUCUUAAUAUAACCAGCUGAUCUCUAACAGAAUGAAAGACUGUGUGUUGGGCAGACGUAUUUGAGUUGUGUUAAUGAAUACAACUAAUUCAAGUAUUGAUGUGGAGAAACACAGAGUCAUAACAUGGAAGGACACUAACAGUGCUUGGCACAGUCUGUUUCGAUCUGUUUCAAUGCCAAAGACUUAAAAUAACAUAACACACGUAACAUCAUUUAUUGAGCUGCCAAACGCCAAUGCCAAAUAACAUAGGACAGUUGUUCACAUCUGAUGACAAAAAUGGAAAUUUAACCUAAAAACUGCUUGCGAGAAUCUUCACCCCUGUGAGAUCAUGGUUGACAAGGUCUGGUUUGUAAGCAAUUCAUAAUUUAUCAAAGUAUACAUUGACACACAAGAAUGUAAAACUGAACGUUACAUUUUGAAUGGACUAUUGAUACCUCUGAAAAGAUGCCUCU